CAACAGGAAGGAAAGAUGGAACACAAACACUUAAAAAAAUAUUUAAAAAUUGGGUUUUUGGUUAUCUGUCUGUGACUUCCAAUGUAUAUACACUAUUUAAUACCGGAUCUUGUCUAGUCUUCCUUUCACACUGCUCUCACUAUCAAUCUUUCUUCUUCAGUUCAUCAUCCUUAAAUCUGGAAACAUAAUCCUGUGCAACUGUGGGGGAAUUUGAUAUAGGAUUAAUCAUGGUUGAGGGUCAGACACUGGAAGCCAUCAAGGGUGGUGGUGGGUCCAUAAAAGUUGGAACCACUGGCACCAUCAAUGCUUUGAUGUCAAGGGAACUGCAGUCUGUUAAAGUUCAAUCUCCAACCGCGGUCCCGUUGCCUAACGAAGUUGCAACGGGUACGACUUCAAAGGCGAAAGUACGAGCGGAUGAAGCAAGCACUAGCAGCGGUAACACAACGAGUGGUAAACAUAGUACUGUUGAUCAGAAAACUAAGCAUCAGCAUGCUAGGAGAGAUAGCAAGAAUCCGUUUCUUCGGUCCGAUAGUGGGUCUGUGGAUGGAAAUGGAAAUGGAAGUAAUGAUGGAAGAAAGAGUGACAAAAAGGGAUCUUGCUUGGUUGAAAUAGUUGAUGUGAAAUGUGGAGUUCCUGAUAAAACGUGGGCGAAUCCGAUAACGUCUCGGUUGAAGAAACUCACUUUCUCGAAGCUUUCUGAUGCCAACAGCGUUAAGUAAAAGAGAAACGAUUCUGAGAGAGUGUAUAAUUACACGGAUGACGAAAGUUACGCCUUUUAAAUGUGAUUUGUUUAGUUUGGGAAUAUGGGCGGAACUAGACGUGGGUUCAGGUUUAUGACCAUUUGGUCGAUUGAAUUAUCGAUUAAUAAGGGUAUCUAAUGUCGUUACUUUCUUAUAUUUUAACCGUUUAAAUUGUCAGAUAAAGGGUUUUUGUUGACUCCUUAAUUUUCCUUAAUUUUAUCCACUAACUUUUAAAUA